AUGGUAGACGCCCGGUACAUACUUUGUGAUACCUUGAAAGUUUCCGACUGGACCAAACACGUUGCCUCAGAGCUUGGAAAGAAGGAUAGACUUACAGAAGCGGAAAUCACAACCUUAUAUGGAGAUUCAGUGGAUGUUGCUGUGAAAGUGGAUAUCAGUGUAUCUCCCAAAGUAGGGGAUAACGUUUGGGUAGGUUCAGAAGGUAGGGAUAUGGUGUACGUCACUUCUCCAGACAUGUCAACCGUCAGAAUGGAGCUUGAAAAAUACAACUCCCAACUCCAAGACCUUCAGAGUGAAUCCGGACUUGGAUCACACCAGCUGCUCAUAUUGCUUGAUGGAGAGAAUGUCAAUGAAAGAGAGGAGCCUAUUGCGUAUGGCGGAACCACUCAGUCCAUGGGUAUGACAAGGGUUAAAGAUCACUGGGAGGUCAAGGAGAUGGGGACAACUUUUCAAUCUAUCAAUCUUGUGGUAGAGUCUCCUCCGGAUAACGUUUCGACUAUGACCACCCUUCCAGAAGGUUCUGCCAGUGGCGAGGUUGGACCGACCGAGGAGGAGUCAAGACAGGCUUGGGGGUUCUUGUCUCAGACAGCAACUCUAUAG